CACGGAUUCAUAACAUCCAUUACACAUUCUUGCGUAGUUGGCUUUUCCAGUUUCCAGAGCAGUCAGGAUCUACUUCAGACCCAAGGCGGAACUAUCUGGAGCUCACGGGGGAAAUCAUAGACGACUGGUACGAUAAACAACAUACUGGGUGUCCCCAUCAUCGACUAGCUACAGAGGGAGCAAGAAGAAAUGCCUUUACCACCACUGCUUACAGGCCAUGUAUGUGCCAUUACUGGAGGCCUCACAGGGAUAGGGAGAGGUAUUGCUCUCUUGUUCCUAUCUCACGGCGCCAAAGUCUCAAUCAAUUAUCUCGCAUCACACAACAAGGACGAAGAGAACCUGCUGUCGUCACUGCGCACAGAAGCACUCGACGCCAUCAAGUCUCGGGCAUCAUCCGCAUCAUCAGCGCAGGGCGUUGAAGAUGUCCCUCUCCUGACUGUUUCUGGCGACAUCACACAACCCCAGACCGGUCAUAAUCUUGUCUCGGAAACGGUCAAGAAGUUUGGCAGACUCGAUACAUUCGUUUCCAAUGCCGGAAUCUGCAAAUUCGAAGAAUUUCUGGAGAUCUCGCCAGAAUCGUGGCAAAGACACCUCAACACAAAUCUGUCAGGUGCGUUCUAUGCCGUUCAAGCUGCUGCAAAGCAAAUGUCGGAACAACAGCCUCAAGGAGGGUCGAUCAUCGGAAUCUCCAGCAUAUCAGCGCUUGUUGGCGGUGCACAGCAGUGCCACUACACUCCGACCAAAGCAGGCAUCUUAUCUCUGAUGCAGUCCACUGCCAUUGCGUUGGGAAAGUACAACAUUCGCUGCAACGCGCUGUUGCCAGGAACUAUCCGUACACAGCUCAAUGAUGACGAUCUCGCCGAUGGAACUGAGAAGAAGAAGUAUAUGGAAGGACGAAUCCCACUGGGUCGGCUGGGAAAGCCAGAUGACAUGGCAGGGCCUGCUUUGUUCCUGGCAUGCGGCGAGCUGUCAUCCUACGUCUCGGGAGCGGCGAUAUUGGUGGAUGGCGGAGCUUUCGUAAACUUCCAAUAAGGCCACAA